AUGCGCUCGGUGUUUUCUCGCCUGCUCACGGCAGCCUGCGCGCUCGCUGGCACUGCGGCCGCAGUCGAGACCCUUGAGGUUCUCGGCAAGGACUUUGUCAACAGCAAGACUCAGGAGCGUUUCCAGAUCAUCGGCGUUGAUUACCAGCCCGGUGGUUCGUCUGGCUUCAGCACGAGCGCGGAUCCUUUGAGCAAUGCCACGGCGUGCCUUCGCGACGCUGCUCUGAUGCAGCGCUUGGGUAUCAACACCGUCCGCGUGUACAACCUGUACCCGCUGCUUGACCACAGCGAAUGCGCCUCCAUCUUCAAUGCCGCGGGCAUCUACCUGUUGCUCGACGUGAACUCUCCCCUCACCAAUGGCAGUCUGGACCGCACCGACCCCUCGGGCACCUACGACGUGGCCUACUUCCACCAGGUGUUUGGUAUCAUCGAGUCCUUCAAGAACUUCCCCAACAUCCUGGGUUUCUUCUCCGGCAACGAAGUGAUCAACCAGGACAGCGUGUACGAGGUUCCGGCCUACAUCAGAGCCGUUCAGCGUGAUAUGAAGGACUACAUCGCCAAGAACGUCAACCGCACCAUCCCCGUCGGAUACUCGGCUGCUGACGUCGAGGACAUGCUGAUGGACACCGUCAACUACCUGUCUUGCAACCUGACCAACUCGACCGAGUCCCGCUCCGACUUCUUCGGGCUCAACGACUACUCGUGGUGCGGCAACUCGAGCUACACGACUAGCGGGUAUGACACUCUCGUCGAGGACUUCGCCAACGCCUCCCUCCCCGCCUUCUUCUCCGAGUACGGCUGCAACACCGUGCAGCCGCGUUAUUUCACCGAGGUGCAGGCCCUGUACGGCAAGGACAUGAUCCAGUCCUUCUCCGGCGGCUUGGUGUACGAAUGGACCGAGGAGAGCAACGACUACGGCCUGGUCCAGUUGAACGAUAACGGCACCGUCACCCUGCUCGUCGACUACGAGCACCUACGCACCCAGUACGACGCCAUCGACCUAACUCUAAUCACCGAGUCCAACAGCACCCAGACCUCCGUCGAGGCGGUGGACUGCGCUGCCGACUUGAUCUCCGGCGACGACUUCCUCAACGCCUUUGAUUUGCCCGCCAGACCCAGCGGUGUGCAGGAUCUGAUCGACAACGGUUACACCAAAGCCAGCGUCGCCACCAUGGUCGCCGUCACCUCGACCACCAUCCCCGAGACGGUGUACGACGCCUCGGGCGCCGUCAUCACCGGCAUCGCCCUCAAGGUCGAGGCCUCGGACGAGUCCAACGAGCCCGGCGGCAACACCUCCGGCUCGACCAGCAGCAGCGACUCCAGCAGCAGCAGCAGUGGCUCCAGCACGGGAACCGCCACCGGCAGCGCUGCCUCGUCAACCAAGUCCGGUGCCGCCGACAAGCUUUCCACCUCUGCUAUGCUGGGCGGCCUCCUCGGCGCCCUCGUGGCAACCGUCGCGACGCUGUAA